AUGCAUUACUUACACUCAUAAGAGUAGAAAAAAAUGAUUCAAAGUCAUGCAAUUUAUUUCCAUUACCGGAGGAUUGUCUGGUCUAUAUGGAUUGAAGUCAUGCAAUUCAAUUAUUCAAAGAUGAAGACAGCGAAUGAGCUUCAACCUUUAUCAGAAAUACCCUCUCCUCUUUUAUGGGAAAUUCUAAGUAGGGUUCCCGUUAAGACAUGUUUAACUACUUGUAAGCUUGUUUGCAAGGAAUGGUAUCGUAUCAUGAACAGUCCAGAAUUCUCUUCUUUCCGCUGCCACUGUGGUGCAUCUCGUUUUAACCUCUUGUUUUAUAAUGAUUGGAGUGCUAGAAAAAACUUGGUUUUCAGUUUGGUUGAGAUUGGUAAGGCAUUAGAUCUUGAUGAUUUGGGUAGAUGUAUUGUGGGUGUUGAUCAUUUUAUCAAGGGUGAGCCAAUAGUUGAAUAUGGCUUAUGGUAUACCAAGUCUCAUUGCAAUGGGGUUGUUUGUUUCGCAAAUACAAAGGACUACUCCGUAUGCAAUUUGGUCACAGGCCAGAGUGUGAAGUUACAGAAUCUUCAUGAAUUGAAUAGUGAAUCUUGUUCUUUAUCUGGGUGUGAAUUGGGAUUCUGUCCGGUGUCAGGCAAAUUCAAGGUUCUCAUGAUCCUUAUGCACAAGGCGGAGAAAGUCUUUCUAGCAAAGAUACAGACUGUGGGUAACGGUGAAUGGAGGACUGUCGAAAAUGUACCCUUAAAGCAUCUUGGAGGCAGAUAUAUUUGGAACGGGUGUAGUCAUUGGCACGGUGACAACUGUAUAUGGUCUUUUGAAUUUGGCAAAGAAAAGUUCUUGCGAGUCCCAUAUCCUGAUGAUGUCAUGACUAAGGCCUAUCAGAAGAAGAACAAAAUGUUGAGCACUUUUGACUCUUGUUUAUGCUUGAGUUGUUCCAACUUGGACAAUGUGGCUAGUGUUGAGAUCGACAUAUGGAUUAUGAAAGAGCAUGGUGUGAAAGAUUCUUGGGUGAAACAAUUUGUCAUAGUGAGUGAUCCAUGGUGUGUGCCUCUGGUGCGUAUGGGUGAGAGAAAGAUACUUGUAACAAGUCGGUGUCAGUUGUAUUUAUAUGAUCCACUAACUCACGAUAAAAUGAGAGUGACGUUUGAGCGUAAUGGGACAAGGAUUGAUGCUCCACGGCUGCCGCCCAUUCUACUUGUUGCAAGUUUCUCAAGAUUUUAGAAAUUCAUCUAAAUACUCAUUCCUUAGUUUUAUUUUUUUUCUAAUUUACUUAUAAUUGCGACGAUUUUGUGCAUGCUUUGAAUGCCAGUUUGAUCAAUUGUUCAUUCUGAAACAAAACGGUACUCAUUUUCAAAUAAAUUAGUAUUCAUUCUCAUAUAAAAUAAAAUUCAUGCCAUAAAUAAUUUCUUUCUCUCCUUCGCCUCCGACUAGGGUUUUUAUCAGCACCGAGCAGCAGCUUCCUCGGUCUAGGAGCACCUCUCUUUUCCAAUCAGAUUAGACCUUUCCUUUCUCCUAUUCCGAUCAACGCAGCCAUUAGCAGCUUCUCUCGGCCAAGGAGCACCUCUCUGAUUCCUAUCGAUGCAGCUUCUCUCGGCCUGACCCGACCCGAUUAAACCUCCUUUCUCCUCAGAUUCCAAUCGAUGCAGCUCUUCUUCUUCUUUCUACUUACCGGUUGUACCCAAAAUUGGGUACAACCGGAUGUAUAAUAUAAUUUGCCGUAAACUAAAGAAACAAAGUCUAGGUUCAAUACUAAAAAUAAAUAUAAGACAAAUUUAAGUUUUUUGUUUGUUCAUAUCAAGGCAAGCAACAAAAUAGCUCUUUGGACUUAAUUAAUGAAAGUUGAUGGAAGUGGCAGUGGAGUCUCUUGAGGCCAGCAUUACAUAUUUUUAAAUUGAGGAAACUGCAUCAUCAAGCUUAUGUAGUAACACACUGCAUGCAAACUUGCCUUCCAAGAGGAGAAACCUAAAAGCCAUACCACAAAUAAUUAAUUGCAGUAGUACUGUACUUUACAACAAAAGGAAAUAGAAGAAAGAGUAAGUUACCAACAAAAUAACAUAUUAUUGUGUUCGGGUAUCAGCAUAUUCCUCAUCACUUUCACUCAUUGACAAAUAGCAAGACUUAAAUAUACUUGUUGGACCUUGCAACAUACAAACAAAACAUCAUAUUCUAAAAUAAAGGAAAGCAAUUGAAAGCUUGAAUGACAGAAAAUUAGAGUCUACUCGGUUCAAAUCCUUGUGCACGCAACCAAUCUUCAUAACAUGAAAGGGCAUCAACUGUUGUUGGGGAAAGAGAACUUCUACACGGGCUUAUUGUUUUUUUACUCAAGCUAAAUGCAGAUUCGGAAGGAACUGUAGAGAUAGGAACACUUAAUAGAUCACGAGCCAAUGCUGAUAUAGUGACAAAUCUAUUUGCAUUUUGCUUCCAAUAUUGUAAAAUAUUAAGGUCUUCUUUCAUAUUAAGUGGUUUUUCCUCCAAAUAAAGAUCUAGCUCAGACUUAGUUUCUGUCCUCCUUUUCUUGAUCAUAAAUUGAUACAAAUCUUCAUCAUCUGAUUCGCUAUUUAAUACAACUUCAGAUCUGAAACGAUUAGCCAACAUAUUUUCCCCAAGCUCAAUUGGAGUUUCACAAGACUCAAGAGACUUAGAACUGUACUCAUCAAGCAAUUCAACUAGAGUACUCUUAAUCUUAGCCACCAUAGUCUUACCAUAUUCUUCUCCAUACAGCUUCUUGUACAAAAAUCCAACUCCAUCUAGUUUUAAACGAGGAUCUAAAACUGAAGCACAUGAAAGAAUGAGAUUGUAAUC